AUGCCACUCGGAAAAAAGAAAUAUGCUAAAAGGAAAAGGAAAAUAUGUGGUUCAGUGACACUGCCCAAAUAUCAAGUAAAGGCUACAACUGUAAAAAAUGUCAUCAGCGCUUCAGGACCUAGACUUAUCAAGAAACUUUAUGAUAAAAGUGGUAUAAAACGAAUAUAUUCUCCAUUCCAUAAAUUUGGUCAAAAAAGAGUAAGGCAAAUGGACAAAUCAAAAACAUCGUAUCCUCUGGGUCUCUCGCCAAAGGAGAAAAGUUAUUUGAUAUGCAGUUGCCAAGCGAGGUCCCAUAAGUACGCAAAAUUAAAACAAAAAGCCGCCGAAGCCAUUCAAGAAUCCAAAAUAUUUUCUAUACACGGCAGCUGCAACGCUGUAAGAAAAGCGUUAUUAGAACGAGGGUGGGUAGAAAAGCUGCCUCUGAAUCGUAUGAAUUUAACUAAAAUUCGCAAUGGCGUUUACUCAAAUAAAUGCGAAAUACAGUAUGAGCUUGAGAGGCUGCUGUUGUCAAAUUUUGUAGAAAAAUAUAACCCAAAUUUCGUAUGGCGAACGCGAGACGAAAGACGCGACACAACUAUAGACAUGACUAAAGAUUAUGCCAGGAUGAUUAAUAAAUUGGAAGUUGAUACCUUAUGGACGUCCAAACAAGGCCUCUGUUCUUCUAUGAAGAGAAAUUAUUGGUUUUAUAUAGAUGGCGUAGCAGAGGUGAACGGUCCACGGUCCUACAAUACACCAGAACCUGGUGAAAUUGAAGGGUUUAUAAAAGAUUAUAAAAUUACAGCUUGCACCAGUUUAUUAAAAUGGAUUCUCUCUAUGGUAGCAAAUGAGAGACCCAUAUUCAUAAAAAAUGGAAGAAUAUCUAUAAACGUAGUUGUUUUUGCACUGAAUAGAUGCAAAGAAUAUUUAUUUAGGAAACAAAAUAAAGACAUCGACCGAGAAUUAAAUGUCAUAAGCGAUGGGCAAUGGAACUCAUUUUUAAAAAAGUACUAUUGUAUCAUUGCAAAAGACGAAGUAUUUUGUACAGAUAGAAUUAAGAAAUUACCAUUAUACUUGAGCUACGCAAAAUAUUUGUUAAAGGAGAUUCAUAAAUAUAGGCCCCAGUUAAGUUGUGAAGGGUGUCAUAAUAUUUGGAUUAUAAAACCUGCUCACUGCUCUCGAGGAAGAGGCAUUAGGAUGGCAUCCAAGUUGGGUGUGAUUACCAAUUUACUAAACAAGGCAAACACGAAACAUGUUAUCCAAAAAUAUAUUGAAGAACCCUUGCUCAUACAUGACACAAAAUUCGAUAUCCGACAAUACUACUUAGUUACGAGCACGUAUCCUUUAACAAUAUGGAUGUAUAUGGAUUGUUACUUAAAAUUCAGUUCUCAGAGGUAUAGUCUUAAGAAUUAUCACGAAUCAAUCCAUCUUACAAAUAAUGCAGUGCAGAAGAAAUAUCACAAUUGCAAAGAACGCCACGCUGAGCUGCCAAAACAAAAUAUGUGGGAUUUAGAAAGAUAUAAGUGUUAUUUAAAAAGUAUCGGAAAAGACGAUGUAUGGAAUUUCAUUAUCUAUCCCGGAAUGAAAAAAUCGAUUAUUGGCAUCAUGUUGAGCUGUCAAGACUCGUUAUCCGUAUGCAAAAAUCGUUUCGAGUUAUAUGGCUGUGAUUUCAUUCUGGACAAAGAAUAUAAACCCUGGUUAAUUGAAAUCAAUUCAUGUCCCGACCUAAAUAGUACAACACAAGUCACGGCAAAGAUAUGUCCAGCCGUGGUGUCAGACAUAAUUAAAGUUGUUAUUGAUUACGCCAAUGAUUCAAAGGCACCAACGGGAGACUUUGAAUGUAUAUACAAGCAACUCAUGACACCUCCGAAAUAUGGCAAUGCAACGGAAUUAACAGUACGAGGGUACUCUCUUCCAAACGACUACUUCUAUAGAGGUGCUAUCGAACUCAAAGAAUCCUUUGACGACCCUGAAAUUGGAACGGAACAAGACGUAGAGGCAAUUCUCAAAAAGCUGAAGCGUUUCUACGACACAGAAGACACGGUUAUGGUACAACCUGAUGGUUCAACCCAUAAUCUUAAAAGGAAUGAUGAAGCAUGUACACACAGUACUUUAUCAGAAAAUGAAAUGAGUCCUGAAGCCGAUAUAACCAACCAGACAUCUGAAGAUCUUGAUGUUACAGAAAGUCUAAGUUCCAAGAAUAUUGGAAAGAUUGACGAAAAAUCUGCCAUCACUCGGGAUUCUGAAGUGGCAAUACAAAAUGUAUACAGUGUUACUGAUCUUGAGACAUUUCUGAAGCAAUCUGUGAGUCACUACUGCAGUUCCAGCUUAAAAUACUCGUUUAGCUUCAGUAAACUCGAUGAUGGACCUUACGGAAAGGCAAGUUAUAUUGAUUUUUACAAUCAUCAGAAGAAAACGCUCCUGUUAAAUCCAACAGUUGCAGAAACUUUGCUCCUAAAAAACAAGGUCCCCGAAGAAAACGACGUAUUCAAUCUUCAUCAAAACGACUCUAUGUUAUUAGCUGCAUCUAAACUAAUAUCCUUCAUAAAAGACAAAGAGAAAGAAUACCUAAAGUGA